CCACGCUGCUUUUAAAAAUGUUCCAAAGACAUGAAAAAGAUUGAGGAAGACAUACGUAAAAUGUCUGUGCUAAAGACUGUCUCACAAAUACUGCUGUCCACUUGGCUUUUGAUACACAAUGGUGAUAUCUCAAGUACGUCUCUUAUUAUGUCAUUGAAUUGGUUUGAAGCUCAGCUCGAAUGUCACAAAAAUAAUGAUACAUUACCCAGCAAUACCUCUUCUGCUUCACCAGUAAUGGAAUUCUGGUCUGGCCUCUACCACAGACAGUCAUUAUGGAUUAAGAUUCUAGGCUGUUAUGAUUCAAGGGAUAUACAUGGAUAUCCAGAAAUCCAGAUGAUUUAUUCUUCCGCUGGAUUUUGUCAUGAAAUGUGUAUAUCUCUAAAUUCUACAAUUUUCGGAAUUAAGAAUAAUAAAUGCAUGUGUCUUGAGCGUCCAAUUUUGGCUACUUCGAUUUCAUCUACUGAAUGUAAUGAAACAUGCCAAAAGAACACAGAAGGCGUCCAGUUUUCAGAAUGUGGGGGACCUAAUGCCUAUUCUGUAUAUACUGCAGAUGCGGCGUUUUCGCUAAAUUUGACAGUAACUGAAUCCGACAAGAAAUCUGCUUGUCUUGCAAUAAACUGCGGCAUGACAAAGACGUUUUCUGUUUCUUUUGCCUGUUCCGAAUUAAAUCACGCUGUAUGUGAAGAGAAAGUAGGAUAUUUAGGUUGUUUUGAAGACCAACGGGAAAGAGUUCUAUCAAAUUACAUUAUUUCUGAAGAAUUGAUGACUGUAGAACGAUGCAGAAACUAUUGCUCAAAGAAGAAUACAAAAUUUUACGGUGUUGCGUUCCGACGAGAAUGUUUUUGUGGAGAUGUUCUUAGAACAAGGAACAGAAAGCCAGAGAGCGAAUGCAACAUGAAAUGCAGUGGAGAUGCCAAUCAGAUUUGUGGUGGAGCAUGGAGAUUAAAUAUUUACAGAAACCCAUACAACGAGAUAGACAUGGAUGCUCAGCAGAAUUGGACAGAAUCAAUGAAAUGGUGCAAAACAUGGACCCAGCCUACAUACUUGUAUGGAAACAUUUCAUCCACGAACGCUUCCUUGACAUGUAAGGCAUUGCAAAGGACAAGAGCUGGUCUAUCAUGGCUUGGUAUUGCCAAAGAAGUUUAUAUCGGAUACGAUCAAGGUGUUCCUGUUGAUGAUGAUCAGAGAGGAUCUUUCAUUCAGUGUCAGAAAUGCAACCAGACUAGCUGUGUCUUUGUUGAUUGUUUCAUCAAGCUGAAUAACGUCCUUUGCAAUAAGGUAUAGAGUUAUCCUCGAGUACCCAUACUCAGUCACAAUAAGCCAAAAUCACCUUUUUGAUGGUACAUAUUGCCGUAUCGUACACGUUGGUGUGGGCGACAAUAUCCAUCUCCCUCAAUACAUAAACCCUUUUCCAUCGCGACAUAUUGUCCCCGGCUUAAAAAUUGCAUAAGAUAAUUUUUUAAACAUUUUCCGUGAAACAUAUGGAUAUAUCAAAAAACCAUUAAACAAUUCAAAAUAGGAGAAGAAGCCAAAAGGACCUCAGAGAUGGGAGUAGGUUCUGUGUUUUACAGCGAAAAGAUUUUUUGCUUAAGUUGUUUCCUGAAUGUUUUGUAAAUGUCAUUGUGUGUUAUUUUUCUCAGCAUUAUAUUGACAGUAUGUAUGGCACAUGAUAUCUAUAGACAUUCUGGUCGAAGAGAUAGGUUCACGUUAUGCAAAAGAAGGCCUUGUCCUUAUGCAGUGAAAAACUUAUCCGACACCUGUCUAAUCCGUCACACUGUAAAUUCUGACGUUAAAUGUUGUUCCCAUUUUACUGUUUUCCAUGUUUCUGUAACUGUUUAAUCCGACAUCUUGUCUAUUCGGAAAUAAAUUUCAUCUCCAAGUGCAUGUCGGAUCAGACAGGUUUCACUGUAUAAUUUUUUGAUAU